AUGUUUAUUUCAACAUCAACUGAAAACGACUUUGUCCCUCAAACUGAAAGAAGAAAAUCCCUCAGAAAAUCAUUGAGACUCUCAGUCAACCUUUCGAAUAGUGGCUCUGCUUUCGAAGAUAAACUUUUAAUAUUCAUCAGAGGAAAACAACAACGAAAUAUUUCACUAGGCGUCUACCCAAAGCAAGGUCUCUUACUUCAAGUAUUGAGAGAGGAAUUUUCUGAUAAUAGACUUUCGUAUUUUUAUGAUCCAGUGGAAAGGAAAGAAUUGGACUAUAACGGACUAUGGGAAACUACAACUAAAACUAUUCUAGUACUAGAGGAUGGUGAUGAUGUAAAUGCUCAUGUCUAUGCUUUCCAAAAAGGUGAUUCAACAUUUGGCAUUCAUCACACAAAUCAAUAA